AUGGUGGCUAGGUCUAUUCUCCAGGCCAUUGCCAUCUUUUUCAACAACCUAUCAUAUGUACCUAUCAAUAGCUUCAUUUUCCUUUUGCUUCUUCCUUAUGCUUGUUCGAUUAAUUUCCAAAUACACCACUUCGAAUCGAGUGUAGACAACAUAGUCUAUCAGGGAGAUGCAGUGGCUUUAGUUGGCGCAGUUAAACUGAUCAACAGGCGUACUUACCUAUGCCGUGUUGGCUGGGCCACUUAUGCUAAGAGAGUGCCUAUCUGGGAUUCUGAUACUGGGAGGCUCACAAACUUUAGCACACAUUUCUCAUUCAUCAUUGACACAACAGGUGAAAACCCUUUCGACCAUGGGAUUGCGUUCUUUCUUGCUCAUGAUCCCGACUAUGAGCAUGUCGGGAUUAACAACUCAAUUUAUUAUGUUGUCACCACCCCUUGGAAUGCUAGCAUACACAGUGGAGACAUUACUGAUGUAUGGAUUGCCUACAAUGCAACAACUAAAAAUUUAAGUGUCCAUUGGAGGUACCAAGCUACCUCGAAUCAUAACGAAAGCACCAGUCUCUUUCACCAGAUUGAUCUAAAGGAAAUUCUGCCUGAGUGGGUCACAAUUGGAUUUUCCAUUGGCAUUGGAUGGUGCCACGACGGAGGUCAGUUCCUUCUUGUCUAUGAGUUCAUGCCAAAUGGUGGCCUUGAUAUUCACCUCUUUGGAAAGAGGAAUGUAAAAUCAAGCAGUGUCAUGCUAGAUUCUAGCUUCAAUGUCAAGCUUGGUGACUUCAGGUUAGUGUGGCUAAUGGACCAUGAGCUUGGCCCUCAAACAAUUGGAUUGGUUGGAACAAUUGGUUACUUGGCUCCAGAGUAUAUAAGCACGGGUAAAGCUAGUAAAGAGUCUGAUGUUUAUAGCUUUGGUGUGGUCACCUUAGAAAUAGCUAUUGGAAAAAGGUCAAUGGAUUGUAUGGAAAAGGAUUUCAAAAUGGGGCUGAUAGAGUGGGUUUGGGACCUUUAUGGAAAAGGAAAGCUUCUCUUAGUAGUGGAUGCGAGGCUGCAUUUGGAGUAUGAAGAGAAACAAGUAGAGUGUUUAAUGAUUAAGGGAUUGUGGCGUGCUCACCCAAAUAAAAGUUUAAGGUCGUCGAUAAGGCAAGCAAAUCAAAUUCUGAACUUUGAGGUAGCAUUGCCAAAUCUUCCCUCAAAGAUGCAUGUUCCAGUGUAUGAUAUACCUACACCAUCAUUCAGGUCCGGUGAUCCAUUAAUAACCAUAAGCACUCAAGAAGGUCGAUGA